AUGGCCGACCCGACGCUGAGCUCGCCCCACCACCACCCCCUGCGCGAAGGCGCGUGCGCAGGGCUCGAAUCGCGCUCAAACCCUCAAGCCCCACGUUUCGAUCCGCGACUACCUCGGCACCCAGACGGCCGUAUGUACCCAUUGCAAGGCUCGACACUCGGAGUGCGAAAGGACAAAGUCUACCGGACACUUCAGCACGUGCUGCUCGCAGGGCAAGGUGCAGCUGCCUCCCUCUCUCCGGCCUGAUCCGGACUUUCAACAGCUACUUGAAGGCUCGGAUAGCGGUCAGUCUCUCCGUCCAACGACAUUCGUCUGUAGUAGACCCACGUGCUGAACUGUGCGACCCACCUACACAGAACCUAAGGCAUUCCGACGUUCCGCGAGAAUGCCCGGUCGUACUACAACGCACUGUCCUUCACUUCGCUCGCUGCUCACUUCGACCAGACACGACUGGGCACUCUAGGACCCCCCGAGUUUCGCGUGUUUGGUCGCCUCUAUCAUCGAUUCGGCGCUCUGCUCCCUGCCGUAAAUCAACGCCCAGCCUUUGCUCAGACAUGGCUCAUCGAGCCGACCGAGGCCACCGACACUCGACUUGGGACCCGACGGCGCAGACAGUCGCAUACAAAGUUCUACGUUGACCAAGCUCGAAUCCAUGUUGCAUACCGGCAAUCGCUUUGUGAGGGGGUUCGCAUCGGCCAAAGCUCGCGCAGGUUGGAAUACGGCCAAAAGAGUGGAUCCUGCGCCUCUGCCUACCACCAGGCCGAGACCGACGCACCCACAACCUUCCUACGUCAAGCACGGAAAUGGCGAUGCUUAUCUGCGAUUCCGACACCAACACGGGAGAUCGUGGACCGCAAGAUCGUAUUCCUCAGGUGCACGGUGAUCGAUGUUCCGAUGGUCGGCACAAGUACCAAAUAUUCAGCUCGCUCCAUCCGUCCGCGAUGCCUCUCCGUUACCCACUACUAUUUCCUGCAGGGGAAGAUGGCUUCCACCCCAACAUUCCUCUUUGCGGGUUCAACCAAGCUGGGCCGCCAAUCGCCAGAAACCGAGAGCAGAUCGACAAUGGUGUCCAAUUGGGCGAGGUACUUGCCGGUCUUCGUCCGGAUGAAGAAGACGAAGAGGAGGACGAUGAGGAUGAAGACGGCGAAGAAGGGGACGAAGAGAAUGGUGAUGGUGAACGUAAGCGUCUUCGGCUCUUUCUCACGUGUUCCUUUCUGUUAAGAUGCAAGCACAGACUGACGUAGAACGUUUAAACAUCUAGGACGAAGGUAAAGGAGAAGGGGUCGAGGUGGAUCAACUCGAGUCUCGCGUUCUCAAUUCUUCGCUUAUUACUUGCACGACCCGCGAUGACUACUUUUUAAUCCCGCAUUGCACCGAGCGUGUCUCAAGUCGAGACCGAUCGACUCGACUACAUCUGGUUGCAUCAAGAAAGCCUCCGCUUCACCACGGCCCAAGGCAUCACGGACGCUGUUGCCGACGGCUUGACCCCGUUUCAAAUUGGACGUUCGGUGAUUUUGGGCUCGACGUUCAAGAAUAGCCCGCGGGAGUUCACGCAGGGUUACCAAGAUGCGAUGGCCUGCGUCGUCAAAUAUGGAAAGCCUUCGCUGUUCAUCACGGUGACGUGCAACCCCGAAUGGCCGAAAAUCAAGGCUGCACUGGGCCCGAACGACCAAGCAUGCAACCGUCCGGAUCUCAUUGCACGAGUGCUCAAAGCCAAGUCCGGCAACAAGCAACGGGCAGGCUGUUUCGGUGAUGAAUGGAGAAUCAUGUCUUUGCUGUACUCCGUAUUGUUUUUUAAUCUCUGCUCAAAUCAUACAUUGUUCGAUUCUCCUGCUAGUUGA